AUGUCAAAUGGAUUAUCAAUGAGUCCUGAUGCCAUCAAAGAUUUAAAUGUAUGUUCAAAACGUGCUUGUCUUAUUCGUGAUAUUCCUGUUGAUUGUCUUGUCACAAAUCAAGAAAGUAUUAGUAUUGUAUGGUUUGAUUCAAUAUUAACAAAAACAGAUAUUUCUGAUUUAUCAUUUAUUCAUCUUCGUACUCUUAAUGAUUAUAUUUUAUUUUAUAGUCAGAAAUCUUUGUAUUUCGAAUAUUUGAUGUCGAAACAAAAGAAAAAUGAUCAUGUUAUUGUUAUAUUAGAUGAUAUCGAAAUUCUCGAGCAGACACAAAAUUGUAAACAAGUUCAUGCCAUUAUGUUGGUUAUGACGGAUAAUGAUAAAAAUAAAAAUAUUAUAAUCAAACAAGAUUAUAAAAAAAGUUGUUGGUAUAUUUACUGA